UGAUGAUGACGAUGAUGAUGCGGAGCUGCCCUGGGACGGGAUCACGACAGUAGGGCAUGCCAUUGUGGUUGUCAAGAUGGAAAUUGGCGCCUACUGCGUUCCAUGGUAGGAACCUACCUACCUAGUAGGCAGUGAAGAUGGACGGCUGUCUUUGCGCUUCCACUGGAGGACGACGCCUCCGACCGCCACUGGGCACCCACCCGCAGAGUCCAACAAAAAGCCCCCGUACUGCUAAAGCCACUCAUCAGCCAAUCCGGGCUUUCUCGUCAACGACAUGCCUGCCAGUCUGCCCUGGCGGGCAGCCAUCAUCAUGUCUUCGGAGAGCUUCAGCACGGAAGCGACUAGAACGUACCAACGAAGAGUUUCUCUCUGCCAUUACAGGCACCCCUAUUUCCUCUGACGUUCGUACGCGCUUGUUUCCAUCUUAAAAUUGUGACGACGGGCUAUAGAAGAUUCCAUCGCUUCCUGUCAUCGUGAAUACACGGAAUCAUCGCCACCCAGGGGUCUCACGACAAGAACGCCGCCAUGCAGGAAGGAGAAGAGCCAGGCUCGCCUCCGCCGGCGUCCUUCAAGGGUCGCCUUCAGCUUGACAGCUUCAAGUACAACGGCUCCUCCGAGACGCGGCUCCCGCGACGGAGCCCCCGGCACAACGCAUCGUCGUCCGUCGUCGCCGUCUCUGCUUCUCCUGGGCGCCGCUCCCCAUCUCAUCGCGCGCGCUCAACGAGCUCCCGCAAGCGCUCCCGCAGCCCCCCGUCGCCAUCAUCUCAAGAUCCGUCGCCGACGUCGUCAGAACCGCCGUCCGCCGCCACCUCCCGGAGCCGGAGCCAGAGCCGGAGCACCAGCGGCGAUGGCGACGGCGGCCGCAAGCGCAAGCGUCCUAGUCGCACCGGCUACGCACCGCCGUCGACGUACGCGCACCUCCCGCUCCUCCCCGACGCCCUGCUGCCCAACCUCAUCGUGCUCUUCGUCGGGCUCAACCCGGGCAUCCAGACGGCGCGCACGGGGCACGCCUACGCCCACCCCUCCAACCUCUUCUGGAAGCUGCUCUUCUCCAGCGGCAUCACCCCGCGGCCCUGCCGCCCCGACGAGGACCGCCAGAUGCCCGCCCUCUACGCCCUCGGCCACACCAACAUCGUCGCCCGCCCCAGCCGCAACGGCGCCGAGCUCAGCAGCCGCGAGAUGGACGACGGCGUCGCCGCCCUCGAGGAAAAGGCCCGCGCCUGGCGCCCCGAGUGCAUGUGCAUCGUCGGCAAGAGCAUCUGGGAGAGCAUCUGGCGCGUCAGGCACGCCGGCGCCAAGGUCGGCAAGGCUUUCAAGUAUGGCUGGCAGGACGAGGGCGAGAACAUGGGCGUCGUCGCCGGCGAGUGGCCCGGCGCGAGGGUUUUUGUCGCGAGCAGCACGAGCGGGCUCGCCGCCUCGCUGUCGCCCGCGGAGAAGCAGGCCAUCUGGAACGAGCUUGGCUCAUGGGUCAAGCAGAGGAGAGCCGAGCGUGAGGCCGAGGCGGGCACAGACACGGCCGCGACCGAGCAAGUCUCGGUCUGAGUUGAAGAAUCGCAUCGGGGCAUUCCUGUGCCAGUUGGAUAACCACGUCAUUGAAGCGAGCCUUGCAUGCCGAUGAAUGUAAUGCAAUUGAGUCGAUAACUCAUACACUAUAACCCAUUCACUGAAUUCUGUCUUUUGUAGCGUCCUGUUCGUCGCGAAAAAAAAAACCGCAUUGUUUCCCGACUCCGUACGCCAAACCCGUUCGCGCCCGCCCCCUAUUUGGACCGCCGUCUACUUGCACCGCUUCUCAACCACGCCGGGGCCAUUUUCCUCAUACUCCUUACGCGAUAUCCACAUCUGGUGAAAGGUUCCCAGGCUGGCAAGGAUGGAGCCGCCGAUCCAGGCGCCGAACCGCCG